AUGUCCAAGUUCGGCGUCUUGGUCAUGGGCCCUGCUGGCGCAGGUAAAACCACCUUCAGCAAUGCCGUGAUCCAACACCUUCACAGCACUCGACGAAGCUGUUUUUAUGUCAAUCUGGACCCCGCCGCCGAAAACUUCACAUACGAACCGGAUCUCGACAUUCGGGACCUGAUUACAUUAGAAGAUGUCAUGGAGGAACUGCAGCUUGGGCCCAACGGAGGUCUUAUCUACUGUUUCGAGUUCCUUCUCCAGAAUCUGGAAUUCCUAUCUGAGGCGCUUGAGCCACUGAGUGAGGAAUACCUCAUUAUCUUCGAUAUGCCCGGCCAAAUCGAACUCUACACCCACAUUCCUCUCCUACCAUCCCUCACACAAUUCCUUUCUCGCCAAGGUCCCUUGAAUAUCAACCUCUGCGCCGCAUACCUACUCGAAAGCACAUUCGUCGUUGAUAAAGCCAAAUUCUUUGCUGGCACCUUGAGUGCCAUGUCCGCCAUGCUGAUGCUCGAAAUCCCCCAUGUGAACAUUCUCAGCAAAAUGGAUCAGGUCCGGGAUAUGGUUAGCCGCCGGGAGCUAAGAAGGUUCACCAAUGUGGACAUGCAAUUGCUAUCAAAUGAGGAGGACGAUCCGGCUGUGAGCGCCAACCCCAUGGCCAAGGAUGCCCUAAUGAGUGGCGGUUCCUUCAGUCAGCUCAACCGGGCUGUGGCACAAUUAAUUGAUGACUUCAGCAUGGUUUCUUUCCUACAACUGGAGGUUCAGAAUGAGGACAGCGUUGCCGGUGUUUUGAGCCAUAUUGAUGAUGCCAUCCAAUACCACGAGGCUCAGGAGCCCAGGGAGCCCAAAGACGAGCAGGAGGUCAAUUACGAGGACGAAUAA